AUGAGAUCGGCCAGGAACCAUGUCUUCCACAGCUCCUUCAUCAAGCUGGCCUCCCUUUGCAUCCUGGCCUUCAUCAACCUGACUGUUGCCCUGACUGUCUUCAUCCUGACUCAGCCUUCAUCAUCUUCAGACUCUUUGUCUCUGCUGUUCUUUACUCACAGCAGAUAUGAUGCAUCCCAGUCCCGCACUUACGUGGAGAACGGCACCGGGUUUUCUAUCCAGUAUGCAUCUGGAAACAUCAGGGGAUUCCUCAGUGAGGAUGUGGUUGUGGUUGGUGGUAUCCCUGUGGUGCAGGUAUUUACUGAAGCCACUUUUCUGUCAGCCAUGCCCUUCAUUUUUGCCAAGUUUGAUGGAGUUCUGGGGAUGGGUUAUCCCAACAUGGCCAUAGAUGGGAUUACUCCGGUGUUUGACCACAUUAUGUCUCAGCAUGUCCUUAAAGAAGAGGUGUUUUCUGUCUACUACAGCAGAGAUCCAAAACAUUCCCCUGGUGGAGAGCUGGUUCUUGGAGGAACUGACCCAAACUACUACACUGGGAACUUCAAUUAUUUGGAAACCAGGGGAAUAGGAAAGUGGGAAGUCACAAUGAAAGGUGUCUCUGUCGGAGCAGAGAUGAUGUUUUGUUCCGAAGGCUGCACGGCUGUUAUCGAUACGGGCUCCUCUUACAUCACAGGCCCCGCCUCCUCCGUGUCAGCGCUGAUGAAAACCAUCGGAGCACAACAGGAUGAAACAGGAUAUAAUGUUGACUGUGAUGCAGUGAAGAUAUUGCCCAGGAUCACUUUCCACCUGGGAGGCAGAGAGUACCCACUUACACAUGAGGAUUAUAUUUUAUGGCAAUCACAGAUCGAAGGGGAUGUCUGCGUGGUCACCUUCAGGGGUUUGGAUGUUCCACCGCCUACAGGGCCCAUUUGGAUUUUGGGAGCCAACUUCAUUGCUCAGUACUACACAGAGUUUGAUCGUCGUCACAAUCGGAUAGGGUUUGCUUCAGCAGUCUGA